CUGACUCCUGUUUCGAAGGAAAAUUUAAUCCAUCUUGCCCCAAUGCAUUUGUUGUCCUGAGAGCUAGGUGAACUACCUUUGACUGUUUCCCUAGGAUUAUGUCACCCACCGAGGUAACUUUCUGUUUCAGUAGGUGAUGUUAAGAAACAAAACAACACCCUUUAAGUGGAUCAGUUUUGGAAAAUAGAGACCUGCUUUAUCUCCCAGGUCUUUGAUGUGUUCAGUGGUUCCUGUAAGGAUCUGCCUCUCUUUUGUGUUGAUUGACAAGACCUUUCCUAUAUAUUUGAGCAGUCAAGCAGCCCAGUAACAGAGGGUAGAGACAUUUACCCAGAGCGAGCUUCUACCACCCAUUGUGACUUGCCGAGACCUUGGGCAAGUGUGAGCUCAAGAGAAGAGUUGGCUCCCGCAAGAGCAGCAUGAAGCUGGCGUACCUGUUCCUCGGCCCCAUGGCCCUCCUCCUCCUGGCUGGCUGCUGCUGUGUCCUCAGCACCUCCAGCGGGAACCUGCACACCUUUGUGGGCUGUGCCGUCAGGGAGUUUACUUUCCUGGCCAAGAAGCCGGGCUGCAGGGGCCUUCGGAUCACCACCGAUGCCUGUUGGGGCCGCUGUGAGACCUGGGAGAAGCCCAUUCUGGAGCCCCCCUACAUCGAAGCCCACCAUCGAGUCUGUACCUACAACGAGACCAAACAAGUGACCGUCAAGCUGCCCAACUGUGCCCCGGGGGUCGACCCUUUCUACACCUACCCCGUGGCCGUCCGCUGUGACUGCGGGGCCUGCUCCACAGCCACCACCGAGUGCGAGACCAUCUGACGCUGGCGUGGCCUGCAGCACGGGUGGCAGCCUUGAGCCCCGCAGACCCACCGGCACGGGCAGCACCAGCAGCAC